AUGAGCUCGGCCAAAGGUUUUUCUGUUAUUCUUGAAGCUCAUCUUCCUCAUUUGUUUCAAAAGAUUUGCUGAAUCUGUGUGAACUCGAAAGUUAGUCGAAAAAAGCCAACAAUUGGCAGCUAAAGUGAGAGGCGAAUAUUUGGAAUUGAGCCGAAGCGGCGGCAGUGGCGUGCAGGAUUGCAACCACUAAUCCCGGCCAUCUCCUACGAGGAUUACCGCCGAAGCUCAUCGCUGUGUGGUGCAGCUCGCCUGCUGUUGUUUCAAUUAAAAUCUCGAUUCGUUUGCGGUUGAGCCCAAGGAAUCUUGACGGCGAAGGACGAGAUUUGAGGCUGUGCCACGCCUCGCCGUCUUAUCUUUCGCGCUAGAAACUAUCCACCUCCAAAAGAGGCGUCAGAGCACCACGGCUCGCACCGGCUAUCUUAUCUGCUUACUUUUCCUGUCCUCACGGACUAGUCGUUCUUACCCAUUUGGCUCUCACCUUCUUUGUCCUUAUUUUCCUGACUUUGAAGUUUAUUUUGGCUUUGUUCUUUACGACAUAUCGAUCCUCUGUGUUCGUUUUCUCAAUCUCUGUCGAUUAUGAAUCAGAAAGAUUAUUGAAGUUCCCACCAUCGGCGCCGAUACGAUUAAUAAUUCAUUUUCUUUUCGAAUACUAUUCUGAUUGGUUUUUUGAAGCUAUGAGACUUCUGUAGGAAAUGAAAUGGCUAAAACAACAAUGAUAUGACAUGACACCGUCUUAUCAAUCUUAUUUUGGAUUGCCCUGUUAAGUUCGAGAAAAGAAUCGAGUGUUCAAAAACUUGCGCUGUAAUGAUAAGGAGUCUUAAUAAAUUGAGUUCUCAAAGGAAACCAGGAAUCGAAUUGAGCAGAACUGUUAAAAGUUUCAUCAAACAUUUUACUGUUCUCGAAUUUUCGAUAAAAAAGAUUGAUCAGUUCAUAUACCACUUUAUUGAAAAAAAUUUCAUUAUGAAGAAUUGUUACAAAAAGAGACAAUUUCUUGUAUGAAACGAACAACGUCUUUUUACUCUAGCAGAGCUUAUGAUCUAAGAUUUUUUUGCUAGGGUUUGGAUUUAUGUUAACCUUAAGUGAUAUUCAUAUAUUUCUCUCCAAAAUUUUUUUUUGACCUUUUAUGAACUUAUCAGAGAUCAUUUUGCUGUUACCUCAGCUCACAGGUUUCUAUUUCAAUAUUAAAAAAGAAGCAGGGAAAAUCUAAAAAAAUGAUCUAUCAUUGAUUAUGAGUGAUUAUUGCAUCAUCCUUGUUAGUUUAUCCAGUUAUCUCGGCUCAGAAAGGAGCAACUCCUUCGAUAUCGUAAGUAGACCUACUUGAGAGAGAUCCAAGCUUUGUUGUGGGAGGCUGCCUCGGGCGGCGAUUGGCCAGCCGAGCCAAGAUCUCUCAUCGUCGUCAGAGCUCCGAGUGCCUCGGGCUACGACGGCUCCGCCCACCACCGCCUACCGCCGCUGCUGCGCCGUAUUUGCGAGGGCCGGACUUGA